ACAGACAGGGGGAAGACAUCUGAAAACAAAACAGAAAUGGCACCCGUUGACGUCACCGUCAAUAACGAUGAUGGCGACUCGCGUAGAACAUCGCAUUGUGGAGCGCCCUCUGACGGUGACAAUACGCUAGUGCAGCGCCAGAUGCUGGGGGAGAGGACAUGCUUGGGAAGAACAGGCGCCAAACGGGACCCAGUGGAUUCCGGGUUUAUCCUCUCCCUCUGCUUUCUCAUUCUGGGGAUCGUUCUGGUGGCUGUUGCCUGGACAAUCCCGCGGGAGCCGACGGUCGACCCUGACACCCAGCCGGCCAGGGAAAUUGAAAAAAUCGAGACAGAAUACGUCAUCUUACGUCAGCAUCUUGACAACUGUGUCAUGGCCGGGAUUAUUUUCUUGACGAUGGGAGGAAUUUCACUGUCACUGGUGCUCCUCUAUGCAAUCUGCAUGGGAGAACUGAACCAGUUGUACAACGCGACAACAGGAGCAAACGGUUCGGGGACGUCCAGGGAUUAUGGGAGCGUGCAGCGGUUCGAAAUGUCCCGGACUAACCGGGAAACCACGCAAAGUCUCGUGGAUAACGAGAUGUUAGUUGUGAACGAGGAGGCUGGUGUCCAAAUCGGGAUGCCAUCUCCGGUUUACUCUACAACAGAAACACAAAUCCAGUAUCAAGAAAGGAAGGAAUGAGAUUGUACAUUAAACACAUUUGACAUAUCCUUCCUAUACUGCAUUUGCUGCCAGUCUAAGUUCCUAUGCUACUAGAUAAAGCCUUGAUUACAACACAAAACAAACAACAAACAGAAACACGAUAAAACAUAUACAUACUACAUGUAUUAGGAAGCAAUUUGUCGACUGUAAUAAGUAGUGUUGUUAAUUUUUCAUUGCGCUAUCAUAUCGCAAAGCCGCACUUGGCUUGUUCACUUGGAAAAUUAAGUUUAUUGUUAUAUACGAGUUCAGUUCUGAUAUGAUAUGAUAAUGCUGAUGCAACAGAAACUUGAUUACUAUCAGACUGCGUUAUAUUGUAAUAUUUCUAACUCUCAAGUCAUGUGGAAACUAAGACAAAUCACGCCAGUAUACGUAGAUUAAUAUCAAUGUUCCAGAUUUCUUUACACAAAAUCUAAAGGUGAGAGGGACUGAACGUAUGGAAUUAUAUUUGUACCGAUUACAAGAAUGAUCAAUGCGGCAAUGCCCACAUGGUAACAAUAGUAUUUUAGAAAAAUGCGUCUGUCUGAUAUUAUUCUUGCCUUUCUUGUUUCUUUUCUUGAUCAUUUCAAGAUUAUACUAUAACAUCACCUUGAAAGCAAUCACAGUAGUGUGGUAAUAUCAUUUUGAGUAUGACCGAUUUCGCGUAAUAUCCGUGGUUACGGGUAUCGCCUGUGCCAUUAUGCACGAUGUUGGGAGCAGGAAGAAUUGGUUCCACUUUGUACCUGACAACGCGUUCUAUCAUCAUGUAAUAAUACCUUCUGCUCGCGAUGCGCGGGAUGAUAUGGGGCAUUACUCUAGUGGUUUAUGACAAGAGACGAUGAAUACUGGGCCACAGUUAUAUUUGAGAGGAUAUGAUGUGCUGCUGAACGUUAGUUACGUGAGCAGGUGGUCAUGUUAGGGACUAAGCGGUCCGGAAAGCCGGAAAA